AUGAGAUACUUUAUUUUAUUAAUAGUAUGUCUCUAUACAGUCCAAAUGUCGGUUAAUAUUUUUGAUCAUACACCUCAGAGAAAUCCAGAUUUUGAGGUCGAUAAUCCAAAUAUAGUUGUCAAAAAUUUGGUUCAAAGUACUUUGAGUGCACAGAGAAAGCCGGUUUUCUGUUGUGGUAACAGUCCUUCCAAAUAUUCAAUCAUUCACAACAGUACAACUUUUGACAGUUGGUUCACAAGCACACCCGGUAUCAACAUUCCCAUUCAAUAUAACCUCACAUUGCAACAGAAUCUCACCACACCGGAUAUCUACUACUAUAGAAACGAUGCAUUCUUCCCCAUCAAUAAAAUGGGUUGGGAUGUCGAAGGUGCAGACCCCGGACACGUCCAAUACAGAGAUGGUGCCGGCAACGUUCAGAAUUUCCAUUUCUGUAUGGUACUGAGUGCACGUUUCACCUACAAGGGUGGUGAAGUUUUCAACUUUGUCGGUGACGACGACGUCUGGGUGUUCAUCGAAGGCAAUCUCGCUCUUGACUUGGGUGGUCCCCACGAUGCUGCAUCGGGAUCGAUCAUCCUCGACAACUUGCCAUAUCUCACCAAGGGUAGAGACGCUCACUUUGACUUUUUCUAUUGUGAACGUCACACCGUUGAAUCGCACAUCCAAAUCUCCACAUCGUUGGAAUUGAAGUGUGGAUACACCGAUUAUUGUGGUGUCUGCGAGGGUGACGGAAGCUCGUGUUGUAGCAAUGCCAUGUGUGACGAUUUGAAUGCUUGUACCACUGACAGAUGUCCACCACCUUCAACACCAUUGGCACCGGGUCUCACCAAAUUCGACCCUAAGGUGAUGUGUAUCCAUACUCCCAAGAAUUGUUCGGGUAGCGAUCCAUGUCAAACCUACACCUGUAAUACUCAGAGCGGACAAUGUAAUUCCGACCCAGUCAAUUGUAUCAAAGGUUGUUUCGAUGGUGUCUGUAAUUCAAAUUUGGGUGGUUGCACCUACACCAAUCUCUGUCCGGAAUCCACCUGUAAGAAGUUUGUCCAAUGUAAGGUAUCGAACAACACCUGUGAGUAUCAAACAUUGAAUUGCGACGACAAGAAUCCAUGUACUUCCGAUUCUUGUAUGGAGGGAGUGGGUUGCCAGAACAUCAUGAAGAUCUGUGAUGACAACGAUCCAUGUACUACCGACUCCUGUUCCACCUCCGACGGUUCCUGUGUAUUCACCAAGAUUCCCAACUGCCAAUCGUGUACUUCCACCACCAGCUGCGUGCCAAAGGAUAAAUGCACCAAGAGUGAAUGCGAUCCAAACAAUCCAGGAAAAUGUAUUGAAUCGCCACUUUGCAAUGAUAACAACUUGUGUACCGACGACUUGUGUAAUGCCAACGGAACAUGUGACUUUGUCAAGCGAUGCACUGCAACCGAUCCACUUUGUUUCACCACCUCCUGUAACAAGACUGGAACAUGUGAUCAAGUCCCGAUUGUCAAUUGUGACGACGAGAACAAAUGUACAAUCGAUAGCUGUUCUCAGGGUAAAUGUAGCCACGAGAUGAUGGUGUGUGACGACCACAAUCCAUGUACCGUCGACACAUGUAGUGCCAGCGUCGGUUGCGUAUUCACCCCUGUGGUUUGUCCAAACAAGACCGUCUGUGAGAUCGGUGUUUGCUUCGUCAACAACGGUACCUGUGGAUUCAAACAACGUGAGUGUCCAACCAAGAACUUCUGUAUCACCGGUGUCUGUGACUUGCGUGCCGGCGACUGUAUCGAGUACAACAAGACUUGCGUGCCACAAGGAAGAUCCGCCUGUAACAAGGGUGUCUGCAAUUUCGAGACUCAGAAAUGUGAGGAUCAUGAAUACGAUCCACUGCCAUUCGAUUGUCAACCGGCUGCCGUCAAGGCUGGUGUUGCCAUUGGUGCCGCUGCCAUCGCCGGUAUUGUCAUCGGUGGUGCUGCCGCUCUUGCAUUGGCCGCCUUCGGUGGUAAGGCUGGUUACGAUGCCUGGAAGUCGAGUCAGGCUGCCAAGAUGGCUGUAAGCGCAGAGAAUCCACUCUACGUUCCAAAUCCAAAUCAAGGUACCAACCCAUUAUUCCAAUCGCCAUCUACGUAG